AUGCGGUGCCUGAACAGGAUCAUGGCAGAAUCACCGGGCCUCAUCACCAUCUGCCUUUUAGGAUAUCUACUCAGCGCUCAAUGUACAGUUUUUCUUGAUCGUGAAAAUGCCACCAAAAUUCUGAAUCGGCCAAAGAGGUAUAAUUCAGGUAAAUUGGAAGAGUUUGUUCGAGGGAACCUUGAGAGAGAAUGUAUAGAAGAAAAGUGUAGUUUUGAAGAGGCACGAGAAGUUUUUGAGAACACUGAGAAAACUACUGAAUUUUGGAAGCAAUAUGUUGAUGGAGAUCAGUGUGAGUCCAAUCCAUGUUUAAAUGGUGGCCUGUGCAAGGAUGACAUUAAUUCCUAUGAAUGUUGGUGUCAAGUUGGAUUUGAAGGAAAGAACUGUGAAUUAGAUGCGACAUGCAGCAUUAAGAAUGGCAGAUGCAAGCAGUUUUGUAAAAAGGGCACUGAUAACAAGGUGGUUUGCUCCUGUACUGCCGGAUACCGACUUGCAGAAGACCAAAAGUCCUGCGAACCAGCAGUGCCAUUUCCCUGUGGAAGAGUUUCUGUCUCAAACACUCGUAUGAAGCUCACCCGUGCUGAGACUAUUUUUUCCAAUAUGGACUAUGAAAAUUCUACUGAAGCUGAAAUAACUUUCGAUAGCAUCACUCAAAACAUCACUCAAAGCAACCAACCAUUCAAUGACGUCACUCGCAUUGUUGGUGGAGAAGAUGCCGUAAGAGGUCAAUUCCCUUGGCAGGUCCUUUUGAGUGACGGAAGUGAAGGGUUCUGUGGAGGUUCCAUCGUUAAUGAAAAAUGGGUUGUAACUGCAGCCCACUGUAUCAAACCUGGUGUUAAAAUUAUUGUUGUCGCAGGUGAGCAUAACACCGAGGAGACAGAACCUACAGAGCAAAAGCGAAAUGUGAUCCGUGCUAUUCCUUACCACGGCUACAACGCAUCUAUUAAUAAGUACAGCCAUGACAUUGCCCUUCUGGAACUGGAUGAACCCUUAACGCUAAAUAGCUACGUAACCCCUAUUUGCAUUGCUGACAAGGAAUACACGAACAUCUUCCUCAAAUUUGGAUAUGGUUAUGUGAGUGGCUGGGGGAGAAUCUUCAACAGAGGGAGAUCGGCUUCAAUUCUUCAGUACCUGAAAGUUCCACUUGUUGACCGAGCUACAUGCCUUCGAUCCACAAGGUUCACCAUCUAUAAUCACAUGUUCUGUGCCGGCUUCCAUGAGGGAGGUAAAGAUUCAUGCCAAGGAGAUAGUGGGGGCCCCCAUGUUACUGAAGUAGAAGGUACCAAUUUCUUAACUGGAAUUAUUAGCUGGGGCGAAGAGUGUGCGAUGAAAGGAAAAUAUGGAAUAUAUACCAAGGUAUCCCGGUAUGUCAACUGGAUUAAGGAAAAAACAAAGCUCACUUAAAGAAAAAUGUAUUUCCAAGGCUGACAUAUUUGGGAUUGAAUACAGACAAGGUCCUUUACUAACUAAUCACUUUCCUGUCUCUUUAGAUUUGAAUAUAUACAUUCUAUAAAUAUUGCUUUUUCUCUUUACCAGGAGAGGUCUAGCUAGAAUUCAUAUUUUACUAGAAUAAGUAGAUUAGAAAAUGUGACCACUAGAGAAAUAUACUGUAGCGGGAAAUUGUGCCAAUCCUCCAGUCCAGUCCUUGACAAAAUUGUGAAGCUCUUCAUCCAGCCCAUCAGGCAUUAUGUUCCUCCACUGGGGCAACUCCCUGCUUCUCCAUCCUUAGCAGCAUUCCAUGUGCCAGAUCUUUCUGACCUCACCCAUCAAAAUGUUAAAAUUUAUUAGAUCCGUAUCCAGGAUAUUUGGUUUAGUCCAUCACAAGGCCAGCACCACACUCAUACAGGAAGAGCACAGGAG